AUGAAGAAGCUGAAAACUAAGCCUACACAUCACAGUGUCCGGGAACUGCGAGCUUUAGGCCUGACCCCUCACUUUUUAGCAUGUCGUUCAGCUCAGCCAUUGUUGGAAAACACAAAGCAGAAACUCUCACAAUUUUGUCAUGUACCUGCUGCCAACAUUCUUAAUAUACAUGAUGUUCCAAACAUUUGUCAUGUUCCUCUUUUACUUCGGAACCAAAAUGCUCAUGAGGCAAUCCUGAAACAGCUAGCACUACUGCGUGUAGCAAGACCUCCAAAUUUACAAGAGUGGACUAACAGGGCAGAAACUUUUGACAACCUCACCAAUUCUGUGAAGAUUGCAAUGGUUGGGAAAUAUGUUGGCCUAACAGACUCCUAUUUUUCUGUUGUUAAGGCCCUUCUCCAUGCAUGCAUUGCAUACAUAGAUCAAAUGCCUUUGGUGUCUGCGAAGAGUAAAUCAGAACCUUCGAAGCCUUCUCUUACAUCUGAAGAAAGAAAAUCAAAAGCACAAGAACUGAAAGAGCGAGCAAGCAAGAAGAAAGAGGAGGAAGAAAAGAGAAUGGAAAGAGAAAGAGAGAAGAAUGUGUAAUAUGUUCUUCUCUUUUAAGAAAACGCAUGGAGGAAGAAAAUGAAAGAAAACGCAUUAUAGCCUUGCGUAAAGCAGAAAAGGAAGAGGAAAGAAGGGCUAGAGAAACAAUCAGACAAAAGUUGGAAGAAGAUAAGGCUGAAAGGAGGAGGAAGCUUGGAUUGCCUGCAGAAGACCCCACUGCACCUAAACCUUCUGCACCUGUAGUUGAGGAAAAGAAGGUAUUAUUUUUAUAUAUUAUAAAUUUUAACAUUUAAUAAAAAUUAAUAUUUUUCCUUCACAAUUUGAAUAUGACUCAACUUGAAAUAUAAGCUGUAUGUUGGGCCUGUGGGUUUUACAUUAAGAAUUAUUUUGUUUUGUUUGGUAUGAUGGAAUCGGAAGAAUGGAAUGGAAUUGAGCAUUCCCAAAGGCAUUUGAAUUCUGAUUCCUUCCAUUUUGUUAAUUUUCAUUCCGGUCCUGGAUUGGAAUGAAAAUUGUAAUAUAACCCUUUUUUAUUAAAAAAAAAAAUUUAGUAUUUCAUGAUAUUUAAUUAAAUGAUAAGUUUCUUUUCUAAAAAUAACUAGAAGGAAUUAUUUUUAUUUGUAAAAUUUACUAACAUUUACAGUAAUUUCAGCUUCUAAUAUAUAUUUUAUUUUUAGUAUGAUAUUAUUUAAAAGAAAAUAUUAUUACUUCUUCUACUUUACUAGAUCGAAUUUGGUGUAACCAUGUGAAGAUUGUUUUUUAAAAAUUGCAUUCAGGAUGAGGUUUAGUUUUUGUUGUUUGCAUCAUGCUUGUUUGUUUGAUUAUCAAUUCAAUAUAUUGUUGUUCAUGAAUGGUAUAAAGUACUUUGAUACAUAUAUAUCAUUCACAGUUAAGUAUAAUCUAUUUUCUGGCUGUCAUUUUUCUUUUCUUAUUUUUAAUGUGAACUGUAAUAACAUUUGUUCUUUUAAAAAUAACAAACUGGUUUUAUAAUUUAAGUUAAUUAAUACGUCUAUUAAUAUACAUAAUCAUUUUACCACGGUACUCAUAAUAUUUAUAUUAUCACGAAUGACCAUUAAAAUUGCUCCGGUUUGUUCAUUUCAUCAUACUUUAGUGGGUCUUAAUGUGUUUGCAUUAAAACAAAUAACAUAAUUUUUCGUUAUAUACAAUAAUUUUUUAUAACACAAUUCAUGUUUAUAAGAACUAUACCAUCUACAACAAAAAAAAUUAUCAUUAUAAUGUAUAAGUAACACAAAAUUUGUUAUUAAUUAACAGUAAUAUAAUAUAUUCAUAAGGAUUUAAUAAUUGGUCAAUUUGACUUGAUUCGAGUUUAUCAGUAAUUUUUUCUUUUGAUAGUAAAUAAUAAUUAACAAAUUACGUAGUUACAAUAUUAUACUGUUCCAACAAUAAGUAAUUUUUUUUUAUAAGUGGGUGUAGAAAGUUUCAAGUCCAAAGAAAAUUAUUAAAAUUAGUUUUUAUAAUAUAGAUAAUAUCAAGAAGUCUUGCCGGUGAUAUAAUAAAUACUAAGUGAAUCAUUUUAACACAUAAUCUAACAAAAUAUAUGAAUUUUAACAAUAUCUAAAAUAUGUUAAAAAAAGAAACUUGUGACCUAAAAAUAACAAGAUCAAACUUAUGUAAUGUGAUUUCAAAUAACCAUAACUUUUUUCAUGCAUUUAAAUUUAAAUAUUUUAUGUUGCAAAUAUACGAAAAACUUUAAAAUAGACACAAUCAUUAUAACAUUAGCACACGGGCUUGAAAUAGGGCAUUGUGUUUCAUGUUAGUACUAAAAAAAACCUUCUAUUUAAAUCAAAAUCUUGCGAAUAUUUAUAAAAAUAUCUUAAAAUAGAAAUCUUCCAUUUUUAACGAGACAAAAGGAGUUGUCUUUUUCUUAAAAUUUAACAGCUUUGAAGAAGAUGAACAGUCGUGGGCUAAAAGUUUUUUUUUAUUAUUUGAUUCGUCAAUGUCCUCACAUCGUAUUCUUUAAAUUAUUAUAUGUUAUUUCCUUAUCAUAAC